AUGUUGUUAUUGCUUCAAAUUCUGGCAUUUAUGACCAAAGGCAAAGUGUACGAUUACAAUUAUGAUUAUUCUGAUUUUACAAUAAGACCACCUCAACAAUCGACAACAACGAAGGCUCCAUCAACAACAACGACUAAAAAAUCAACGACUGCAAAAACUACAACAACAACAACAACGACAACAACCACGUCAAGUGGAAGAGGAACAUCUAAAUUAACGAAAAAAACAUCAUCAUCAUCAGCAACAACACAACAAAAUUAUAAUUUUUCACAAAGCACAAUUUAUUUAGAUCCGCAAAACAACACGGUUUAUUUUCCACCAAUUUAUCCAUCGCCUAAUCCUUUAGUACAACCUGUCGAUCAAAACGUACAGGAACAGGUACCGGUUGUUCCAGGACCUGAAUUAUAUAGAAAUCCUCCCUACAACUACCUUCCCAUCGAAUCAUAUCAAAAUUUUCCAUCUGGUCAUUUUCGAAGAUCUACAAAUCCUGUUAAAACGGAUGAUUUACCCAAAAGAAAUUGUUCACCUGGUUUUUUCCUAGAUGGACACAACAGAUGUAAAAGAAUCGUUGGAAAAUCAAAACCUUUUAGAGAAAAUCCUCAUCCUUUACCAAUCGGACUUCGAUUUGGUAACUAA